AUGGCCCAACCAGCCCGAUCUGCAGACUCUGGAGAUGGAAAGCCUGACCUUAUUAAGUUCUUUCAUGACCCCUCUUGGACGAUACCUUGGUCACACCCUGAGUUCACUGGUAGUGACAUGGAGCGUCACAAGCGCUGGCGUCAGCAGCCCUGGUUCAAAGAUAAGCAACGCUCUUCUAUACAACUACUUCGUCGUGCUUCCGCCAAAUGGUGGCCUUGGGGCUACUUCAUCUACCGCACGGUCUACACCCCCGAGUCCGAUCAGGUCUGGUCUGCCUGUGUGGAGAAACUUGACCGCUAUGUCCACUGGGAAAUUGAUCGCCUCGAUGGUGACCGUUAUACAAAGGCCGAGGACCACGGCUUUCCUGAGAAGCUUGUCCAUGAGGGAUACAGAAAUGUGAUCGUUGAGAAUAAAGAACGCUGGGAUGGUGCAUCAAUUGAGCAGAUUCGUGAGGAUUUCAAGAGCCUUGUUGCGUCUCAGGGUGCAGAGAUAGGGGACGUUGUGCCUCGGUAUGCAGUGUGUAUGGUUAUUGAUCGCCAUUGCUUGGAUUCAAUCAUGCGUGCUUUUGAGGAUCCAGAGGAGAGCAUGCACGGGGUGGUCCAGGGAAGGGAUUUGUUCUUAUGA